AUUCGACUUCACAUUAGCAUUCACAUUCAUUUUAAUUGAAUUAAACUAGUCGGUAUAAAAGGGUCCCAGAAUUCGCUACAAUUUAGUCCUCCACUUCCAUUUUAGACCCGCAUAGUAAACGCGUUAACUUCUAAGUCGCCGUUAAAGAGAUGGAUUCUAAUUUAAAUAGUACAGGUAGGAUGAUUUUGGUGGUAUUUUUACUGAGCAUAUGGAGUGCACGAGCAGAAAUCGCUGAGCCCCUGGUGACUACGCCCCUGGGUCAGGUAAAGGGAACCGUGAUCACUUCUCGUCUAGCAAAAAGCAUAUUUUCAUUCAGAGGAAUCCGAUACGCCAAAGCUCCUGUUAACGAUUUACGAUUCAAACCUCCAGUUCCAGUAGAAAAAUGGGAAGGAAUUUACAACGCAACCGAGGACGGUCCAUUGUGCCCCCAACCAUCAUCUGAUCGAGUAUCAGAAGAUUGUCUGAUGCUCAACGUUUACUCUACCAAGUUACCAACUUUGAGCGAAAAUCCUUUACGCCCGGUUAUAGUUUACAUCCACAGCGGAGGAUUGCAUAGCUUCGGAGGUGCCAGUUACUGGGUGGGUCCUAAUUAUCUCCUAGACGAAGAUGUCGUCCUAGUUACAUUCAAUUUCCGUUUGGGUACUUUAGGGUUCUUAAGUACUGGGGAUAAGGAAGCGCCCGGUAACAAUGGAUUAAGAGAUCAAGUGGAGGUGUUAAAAUGGGUCAGAAAUAACAUAGAAUAUUUUGGAGGUGAUCCAGAUUCCGUGACGUUGAUGGGUUACAGUUCGGGGGCUUGGUGUGUUAACUUGCACAUGGUGUCUCCAUUAUCUCAAGGUUUGUUUCACAAGGCGGUAGCUAUGAGCGGUUCUAUCUUAGGACCAUGGCCUAUUCCAAUAAACCAACUGGAAAUCGCUAAGAAACAAGCAAGAGUUCUGGGAUGCCCCGACGAUACUUCUUCCAAUAUCAUCAAAUGCUUGAAGACGAAGUCUUUCCACGAAAUCGGGGAAUCGCUUACUAAAUUUAAGGAAUUUGGUAAUGAUCCUAUAAUCAUUUGGUCGCCGGUUAUCGAACCUGAUUUUGGUCAAGCCAGGUUUUUGACCGCCCAUCCAAUUCAGUUGAUUACCAACGGUUUAUUUAGCAAAGUUCCGUUCAUGACUGGUCAAACUAAAGAUGGAUACGGAUAUCUUGCAUUCAAUAUAGUGGAUAAUGAAACGUUAACACAAGAAAUUAACGAAAAAUUCGAUAAAAACGCUCCAAUUACGUUCCUGUACGAAAGGAACACAGAUUUCUCCAAGAAGAUCAGCAAAACUAUAAAGAGUCUUUACUUGGAAGAUAAAAAUAUCGAAAAAUCUCAACUGAAACCUUUAGCAGAGUUGUACGCAGAUUUCUUGGUGAAUUUCGGAGUCAAUAGAGCAGCGAAAGUUAUAUCUGAGCACAGUAAUCAGUCAGUGUUCUAUUACGAAUUCUCUUACCAAGGGCGUUACAGCCAUUUUUACACACCGGAAAGUAAUUACACAAUGCCCUUUGGAAUCGGACAACACGAUGAUUUGUUGUACUUGUUCUACAUUCAAAAAUUAUUUCCGCUGUUUAAAGAAAAUUCCCCCGAAGAGGUUGAAAUGGUGAACAAAUUGACUGCAAUUUACGCUAACUUUGCUAAAACUGGGAAUCCGAUACCAUCUCCAUCGGAAAAACUGGAUAACGUGAACUGGGAUCGGUUUACGUCCGGUAACAACAAAUAUUUGGAAAUGGGUAGCAAAUUAGUAAUGAAGGAAAGGAAGCCGGAAAAACGUUUGCAAGAAUGGGAAAAGCUGUACCCGUUGAGCAUGUACCAGAAGAACAAGCACAGCCACUGAAUAAUACUAA